UUGGCUUUCAGUUAUGUAAACCCAAAGUUAUUGGCCAGCUAUGGUAGUCCUUUGUGGGGACCAGGAAGUGUCCUGCAACAGUCCAAAUGUUGAGGAUCGAUGGUGGUAAGUAGCUACUAUCAAGGGAGCUCCACCAGUGUAGGAGAUGCAAGCAGUGUUCAGACUGGCUGUAGUGGCAGUCCCUAUGGGUGUGCUGCUUUCAAGAACCAUGGCAUGGAUGUCCACUGGAAAGACACACCCAGAACUUAUCGACCGCCUGAGAGAACAUGGGGUUAUCCGCAGUGAUCGGGUGUUUGACGCCAUGCUUGCCACCGACCGAGGGAUCUACUCCAGAGACUACCCCUAUGCUGACUCCCCUCAGUCCAUAGGAUUCAAGGCAACAAUCAGUGCUCCACACAUGCAUGCACAUGCCCUGGAGAUACUAAGUGACAAGCUAAUGGACGGGGCAUCUGCAUUGGAUGUGGGAUCAGGCAGUGGCUAUCUCACAGCGUGCUUUGCAAGGAUGGUAGGGCCCUCAGGGAAAGUAGUAGGGAUUGAACACAUAGAUGAGCUGGUCCAAACCUCUGUGAGGAAUGUCCAGGCUGAUGACCCCGAGCUGCUCUCUUCGGGGCGUAUCAGACUUGUGGUCGGAGAUGGACGGUUAGGCUACCCUGAUGGAGCCCCAUAUGAUGCCAUUCAUGUAGGGGCAGCCGCGCCUACGCUCCCUAAAGCUCUAUUGGAUCAGUUGAAGCCUGGUGGAAGGCUGGUUUUGCCUGUUGGUCCUGAUGGGGGAAGCCAGGUCCUAGAACAGUACGAUCGCCAAAGUGACGGCACCUUCAUCAAGAAAGCCCUUAUGGGGGUGAUCUAUGUUCCUUUGACUGACAAGCGACGCCAAUGGCCUGGAGGUGAGCUCUGACUGCUGUGUGGUGUGGCUGCCCCUGCAGGAGGUGGCGCUGGUGCUGCAGCUCUUGUGUUCCCUAGAUCGCCAUCUGUCUGCAGCCUAGCAACACAUCCUAUGUGCUUAUUGACUAAAACUGGGUUGCAGAUGACAGUUGUCCCAGAGGGUUGCCAAGGGCUGUUGGAUUAAUGGUUGCAAUUGGAUUUGCAUUCAGAACAUCAAAACACAAUGUUUAUGUUCCUCACAGAUGUCUGGCUGAAAGGUUGGCUUAUUUAUUAUAAGGUUUCAUAAAAUAAACGUAUGAUGUAAUUUUACAAAGAUGCAACACUCAUACAAAUUCAGUGAUUGGGCUUCACCAACCAACAUGAAGGUGUCUUGAUAAAGGGAAGAAAUUCAUAAAUGUUUCUAAUGUCUGACGUGAAUCCAAGUAAACAUAGUGACCUAAAUGACCACAAUUACUGUCUUAGUAACAGAAAAACAACCGUUUUUACAUAGCGAUGGGAAUACAUCCACUUUAUUUAGAAAAAAUUAUUGAAAUGAUUAUGUGCAAAUGCCAUAACCUCUUAAUAAAAACAUUGUAAUGAAAAUG